AUGUUCGCCCCCUGCGAGUGCAUGAGGAGAGGCGGCAGGAGGACCAUGAAAAUGAUCCGGUUCCGGAGCUCGAGCAUCAGGUCCCUGAGCCAGGAGAUGAAAUGCACCAUCCGGCUGCUGGACGACUCCGAGAUCUCCUGCCAUAUCCAGAAGGAGACCAAAGGUCAGUUUCUCAUAGAUCAUAUCUGCAACUAUUACAGCUUACUGGAAAAAGACUAUUUUGGCAUUCGAUAUGUCGACCCUGAGAAACAGCGGCACUGGCUUGAGCCCAACAAGUCUAUCUCCAAGCAAAUGAAAUCUCAUCCACCAUAUACCAUGUGCUUUAGAGUGAAAUUCUACCCACAUGAACCUUUGAAGAUUAAAGAAGAGCUCACCAGAUAUCUUUUGUAUCUACAAAUAAAAAGGGACAUUUUCCAUGGUCGUUUGCUGUGCUCUUUUUCUGAUGCUGCCUACCUGGGUGCCUGUAUUAUCCAAGCUGAGCUCGGUGAUUAUGAUCCUGAUGAACACCCAGACAAUUACAUUAGCGACUUCAAGAUUUUUCCCAAACAAUCACAGAAGCUGGAAAAGAAAAUUGCUGAAAUACAUCAAAAUGAAUUCAGUGGACAGAGCCCAGCUGUUGCUGAAUUUAAUUUACUACUGAAAGCACAUUCUUUGGAAACCUAUGGUGUUGAUCCCCAUCCUUGCAAGGAUUCAACCGGGACCACUACUUUUUUAGGAUUCACAGCAACGGGCUUUGUAGUUUUCCAGGGAAAUAAAAGAAUUCAUUUGUUAAAAUGGGCUGAUGUUUGUAAAUUGAAAUUUGAAGGGAAGACAUUUUAUGUGCUUGGAGCUCAGAGAGAGAAAAAGGCUAUGUUGUCAUUUCAUACCUCUACACCAGCAGCCUGCAAGCAUCUUUGGAAGUGUGGGGUGGAGAACCAGGCUUUUUAUAAGUAUGCAAAAUCAAGUCAGAUCAAGACGAUGUCCAGCAGCAAAAUAUUUUUUAAAGGCAGUAGAUUUCGAUAUAGUGGAAAGGUCGCCAAAGAGGUUGUUGAAGCGAGUUCUAAAAUCCAGAGAGAGCCUCCUGAAGUGCACAGAACCAGCAUUCCUCAGAGUCGUAGCUCUCAUUCCUUGAAUAAACAACUCAUAAUCAAUAUGGAACCACUACAGCCCCUCCUCCCUUCUCCAAGUGAGGAAGAAGAGGUUUCUUUAGAUGAAGGUAUCCAGCUGCCUAAGGAAGAUGAAAUCUCCAUACCUGUGAUAUCUAAUUCCCCUGCUAAGGAUGCUGGGGAGAGUGUAGAUCUCACCAAUGAAGAGGAAGAGAAGAUCAAAGAGGAACCUUUAACCAUCUCAGAACUGGUGUACAACCCAAGUGCCAGCUUGCUGCCCACCCCAGUUGAUGAUGAUGAGAUUGACAUGCUCUUUGACACCCCAUCAAGAGCAGAGAAUGAGAGAGAAGAUACAGAUUCAUUUGAGGAACUGGAAGCGGAUGAAAAUGCGUUUUUGGUUGCUGAGGAAGAGGAGCUGAAAGAAGCCCGUAGAGCACUUAGGUGCAGUUAUGACUUUGUAAUGGGCAACAUGCAGGUAAAUGCCUUUGUGAAGAGUUUCUCCAGGCUUCUUUUUGUAGGCCUUGGACUGUUAUUGUUUGUGUUUCCACUCCUCCUUGUCCUCUUGGAGUCGGACCUUGAUAUCUCCUUUCUUCAUGAAAUCCGUCAGACGCCAGAGUUUCAGCAAUUUCACAUUGAAUAUUACUGUCCUCUUAGGCAGUGGGUGGCUUGCAAAAUAAACUUCAUUUGUGACAUGCUGGGAAACUCUUAA